CUGGAGGUUGGCAACACCAUCAACAUCAAUGUGCUUUUUACUUCUGAAGUCAUACAUACAAUAGGCGUUUUCUUCUCUGCGCAAGUAGCUCAGCCGAGAUUCGCUAGGUUCUUCACUGCGCCAGCCUCUGGACGAUUUUCGCAUUUGCGCGCUUGCAAAACGCAGUUCUAUAAUUCGUUGGCCUCUUGUUCUCACGUAAGAAACAAAAGAAGCUGCAAACAAACUAGAAAGAACCAUGGCCGCGUCAAUGACCGAGUCACCCGCUCCUCCCUCCACGUUUGACACCAUGGACGAUGCGGAGAGGAACCGGCUGGCGAACGUAGCAAUACAGGGCCCAACGAUUAUUUGGGAUGGUCGCUGCGGCUUCUGCCACCAAGCCGCGACGCUGCAUUUCCUGAAGUGCGAAGCGCCCGCGAAGAUCAACUAUCUCUACGUCCAGCACCCGUUUACCCUGUGGCUUUUGGAGGAGAAAUUGAAGAUCAGCUAUAAAGACGCGGUGUACCGGGUGAUCCUACUCGAGGACAACAACAUCCUGCGCGGCGCGAUGGCGGCCGCGCGGGGCCUGCAGUUGAUGAAGGGCUUUUACAAGUACCUUGGGAACUUCGGCACGGGCGCGUUCGUGCCGAAAAGCGAGCGGGCUAUUCACUACGAAACGGUCUCAGAGAACCGGAAGCACGGGGACACGCACUAUCUGGUGUACCUCGCGAGCAAGUUCAUGCAGAGUGCGAUUGUCGGCGCGGGUCUCUCCCCCGCGGUCAACAACGACGUGGAAGCGGGGCAAGCGGGCGCGGUCAAAAAUGCGGUCGAGAAGCAGUAUGCCGGGAUGUUUUUGCACGGGGACGUGGAGAUCAAGGUCAGUAACCGGCAGUACCUUUACGCGGAAUUGAAGGCGGACGCGGGGCCGGUGUCGACGGAAACCUUAUCAGAAUGAAAAAUCCCCCCUCUCCAUAUCAAAACGAAGUUUCUGAUGCUGGAUUUGCGUACACAAAUCAGAUUUGUCUUGCUGGCGAGGACUGCAGGCCCAUAUUGCAUAUCAAGCCUGAGAAGACAGGUUUUUGCCUAGGCGCUUGGCAUGACAGACGUCUAUGCUGUAGGAGCAUGAGCAUGACAAACCGCCUCGAGAAUGCGGCGGAGCCUGUGGAGUUGCCUUCAUGCAACACAGAGACGCUUUGUGGUCAAAAAUCAGCAACGCAAAUUUUCGAAAACGUGCCUUGUCAACAUGGGGAAGGGGGAUUUUUCCUUUUGAUAAACCUGCGCGUUUAACCCGAAACGGGACGAGACGGUGGUUUCACCCACACCGGGAUCUGUGUUGGAAAGGGAGGAAGAUGACGAUUCCGAAACGGAUCAUGUUGCAGACGAUGACGGAUUGCUGUCAAAUGUCGACGAGGACAAAACCAAGGACGGCACGGCGGCUUCCUCGUCUUCUAAAAGUCGGAAUAAACAAAAAGCGAAAAAAAGUAGACUUCACUCGCACCCGACGACCGCGGAAUUUUCCUUUCGGGAGUACACGGAAGCUUUCAGCUCUGCCAUGGAUGUGCAGUCCGCGCCGUGGAUCGUCGCGGGUGUGAUUGGUUUUUUCAUUGCCCAGAUCCUGCAACAGAUCCUUUUCGGCAGCCUGAACAAGCAGGGAAAGGCGUUCGACAAUACAAUUUUCACGGAACUUUCCUGGUUCGUUUCCAAAUGCUACGAGGGGUUUAAACAGUCGCAAUUAUUUCACGGGAGCGACUGGGUGCCGGACUGGGCGAGGGAGCUGCGAAUCGAAUUACCGGAGCACGCGAUCAAGAUGUACCAGAACCUGUACGAGCUACCAAGGUGGUCCAUGUUUUUGUUGGUGGUGUCCUACUUGGUGCGGAUUCCGUGUUCUGCCUGCAGUGCGAGACGGAAGAAAAGUGUCUUAAACGGAGCUGCAACUAGUGGCGAUAAUUCGAGGACAAACACGUCCGACGUUCUUCAGGAAGUGAACGCCGACGCGGACUCUUCCGAAAUCCAGCCGGUGCCACGCAAGCAAACAGUUGGGACGAAGGAAGAAAAAUCCCCCUACGUCCCCUUGUUCAACCUCGACACGGGCUUCGAGGACCGCUACACGUUUGAAUUUGUCCGGACUCUGAUGGUGCGGCUGAUGGGUGUCGUUUACCUCUUCGGGUUUUUGACCUCCGCGGUGCAACACCGGACCAUUUUUGGGAAAUACGGCUUGGAGCCGCAGUGGGAAAAAUCCGUCGGCGCGCCGUUUCCCCUCUCGUUAUCCGCGGAGAACACCCCGAAGGACAAGCACGGGCCGACGCCACUUUUUACCCUCUUCGGGUACGGGGAUCUGCAGCUGGAAUUCAUCUCCUGGACGGGGUUCCUAGCGUCCUUUUGGUUGCUCAUCGCGGACCAAACCUACGUUUUCUACCCAGCAUUGUACUGCUACUUGGGGUAUUUGUCCAUUGUGAAUCUCGAGACCCGCAUGGUCGCGGGCUUCGGCUGGGAAUGGGACGUGGUGUCGUUUGGAUUUAUUUUGCUAUUUUUGUGCAGUCCGCCCUUGAACCUCCUGUGGUCCACCUCCGGAAGAACCUCCUCGAGCAGGGGCUGUAGUCUGCUCGCCGACUCGUUAACCGCGACGCCGAAGUACCAGGUGCUAGGCCCGUCGGUGUUGCUCAUCUUCUUGAUGCGGUUCCAGACGUUUAAAUUCUUACUCGGUGCGGGCAUGAGCAAGUUAACUCCUGGGAUCUCCUCCGCUUGCUGGUGGAACUUCACGUGCACAAUAUGCAUUGCAAAUAUGUCUGGGUCUGGAAAAGUGUAAACUUGUCAUGCAGAAUGUUUCCAUGACUCAUGAGGCCUGGAAUGCGGGACUUAGCAUGACAGACUCUGCGAGGUCUCUGCCAUGCCUAUCCUGCAUGAGAAAUUCCCUUCCAACUUGGCCAAAAGUGGAGAGCUUUUGGCACUCAUGCAACACAGAUUUUUGCAUGCUUCAGAUUUGCCAUAACAAGUUGCCACCUUCCAGACCCAGACAUAUUUGCAGUUGAUACACCAGCACCCACUACCACACACAGGGGCUACCAACCCCCUUCGCUUACUACUUCGAGCAUUUACCGGAAUUCAUGCACAAAAUCGAGGGUGUGACUGUGUUUUUCGAGCAACUCGUUUUACCGGCGUUCUUCCUCUCGCCCUUCCGGACGCUAAGGAUUUUCUCCGGGGUCGCGGAGCUUUUUUUCCAGCUAAUGCUGAUCUUGACCGGCAGCUACGCGGUCGUGAACUACAUCGCGUUUGUGCCGGUACUAGCGAUGUUCGACGACCAGUUUCUGGUCUACCAGCUGAAAAUGUUUUCCUUCCAGAAGCACAACGAGACCUGGAAAAACGCGACGGCAGUGGAUCGCGUUCUUCGAGCAGGCGAAGCAGUAGAGUCGAAACCUGUAGCAGUCACAAGCGGAGAUGAUGAUGUUGAUCACGCGCAACAUGAUCAACAAACCACGGCAAUAGCGACUCGUGCUGGUGGAGCGGGAACCAGUACCAGUCGCGAUGGAGAACUGCAAGUACAACCACAAGGACCACCGCAAAUCCCUUCCCUGUUCCGCAACCCCCGCGCGCACCAGCGCGCCCUUCCCGUGCUCGGGAUUUGCAACAAGUUGUCCGCUUGGCUGGUCUUUUUGAUCUUCGUGCUAUUGAGAGGAAAAAUCCCCCCUCCCCAUAUUGAAAAGGUAUGUUUCCAAAAAUUUGCGUUGCGGAUUUGAGGUCACAAAUCACAUCUGUCUUGCAAGAAGACAAGGGCAGAAGCUUCCGCCCCAUUAUGGAAGCGGUUUGUCAUGCUGUUAGGCUUAAAGGGGAGCCGUUUGCCAUGCUGAACAACUAGACCCAUACGCCCCUACUAGACCCAUACGCCACCAGACCCAGUGCCUCUGUGCAAUACAAAGCUGAUUUGUGGCCACAAAUCAGCAUCACAAAUUUCCGCUUUGAUAUGGGGAGGGGGGAUUUUUCAUUUUGAUACGUGCUGUUCUCUGGGAACGUGUUCCGGGAGCUGAUGGGGCCGAGGCCAUUAUCAAAUGCAAAGAUGUCUGGGUCUGGAAGGGUGCAGAGUUUGCCAUGCUUGUCUGGCAUUUUGGAAGAGUUUGUGAUGCGUGUCCAAGAAGAGACCCAUGUUCUUGUCGUGCAGAAACGCAGUUUGUCAUGCGGAAGCCGGAAAAUGUAGGCACGAAAAUACUUCUCAUGCUUGGCUGUGCAUUACAGGGCACUCACUAUUUCCAGCUCAGCAUUACAAGUUUCCAGACCCAGACAUAUUUGCAAUGCAUAACCAUGGAUAAAAGACUACGACCCGCUGUACUUGGUGAACAGCCACGGCUUGUUUGGCCUGAUCAAUUACCGGAGAACGCAACUCGUGUUGGAAUACACGCACGGAGAAUUAUUAUCUGCGAACAAAUCUUCUGGACGAGAACAGGUUGAAAAUACUGGUAGAGAACAAGCUGGGGGUGCAAGUGCUGCUGCAGAAAGUAAAUCAGAAGAACCACAAAAAACUUCUUUUCUCCACGUCGGCGAUGGAGACAAUGACAAUGGGAGAAGCGACCAGUUUCUCCAGGUUGUCACCUACGAAAUCCGGACCGGCGCAAGUCCUGCUGCGUCUGAGGAGGAGUCCGGUGGUGUGCACGGAGCUGCGGAUUCGCCGCCCACAGCAGGAGGAGUUCUUGCAGCGACAUCGUCGUCCAGUACUAAAGCUGCGGCGGAACAAAAUGGGCAGUGGAAACCUCUAGAAUUCAUUGGCCUCCCGGGUUCUGUGGAUCGCCGCCCGGUGUUCAUCGCUCCGUACCACGUGCGGCUCGACUGGCUGACCUGGAUUGAAGUCACGUGCGGGGGCGAAGACGGCAUGGCAAACAAAGUGACGCCGGACGUGAGUAAGGUGAAGGCGGAAGUACCGAGGGGUGGGGGGAUGUUUGGAGGUAUAGAUACUCGUGGUCCGGUUUUUCCUGUUUUUCGCAUGACAAAGAAUGCAUCAGCUGAGUCUGAGUGGUACUUCUAUGUUGUUACAACACGGGAGCAACCACGUUAUCAGAUCCAUGUAGAAUCAUGCGCGACUUGUUUUUCCACUACAAUCCUCCAGGCGGCGACCCGGUCCCCGAUUUCGUGAAGCUCGCGCUGAUCAAAAUCCAGGCCGGCGUAUCCCAUGUAAAAAUGUCUCCACCCCAUAGUCAAGAUGGGAAAUCUGCUACACAAAUCAACCAGCUUUGGCUGUUGUGCAUGACAAGUUUGGCCUCGCAGUGUAAUCCCUUUGAGCUAGUUCAGCAGCGUCACAGAUCAAGCUUAUCGCGCUGAUUGGAGCAUCACAAGUUUCAAAACGCGACUAGAAAAUGCUUUUUGUGGGGCUCCGCAUGAGAAACGUUUUCAGUAUGCAGAAUUGCGCGACAGCUAUGUGGCGGGGGCGUUUUUCCAUAGGAUAUGGCGACCCUAACGCCGCCCGCCUGUUCCAGACCCCCGAAUCCGACCUGUUCUACCCCGACGGCAGUGACGGCAAGAAGCUGCCCCCAACACAGUUUCGCGCCAGUUUCUACGAGUACGAAUUCGAUUACAGCAGCAGCGGCAACUGGUGGAAGCGAACGCUGUUGCCCGGAGGGGAGCCGCAGGUUGUGCAACUUCCUAGUGGACAAACGGGUGGUAGUGCGUCCUCGUCCUCGAAAACUUACUACAACUCCAUUCUGUUCCGCAACUACAUUGUUGGCGCCUGCAUGGUUUUCUCCUUCCUCACCUUCCUCGGUGUGAAGACCGGCUGGGGCACGUAUCCGUUUGGGUCUCGCAUGGAGCAGAAUAGGCCGAAACCGGUUCUUGGGGAAAAUUUAGUGCAGUUGUACUUGUUUCCGAGCCUAGUUGCCGUCGUCGGAAUCUUGUUUUUGUUUGCGGAAUAUUUGUCGUAGCUGAAAAUUAUGAUUAGCACGACUCAGUUUACUCGCGCGGCAAGGCAAGCAGAGACGUUCUGUGCAGAUAGAGUACCCUUGUGGGACUUGUUUCAAAGAAAUUUGCAUUUGUGACAGAAAAAUAAAAGGAACAUCACCAGGAUACAAAACUAAACGAGAAUACAGAUUAGGGUUUCAGCAGCUUUGUUGCAUGAUUGUGAAUACUAAAUUUCCAGUAGAAGAACUACCCUUGUACAGAAGGCCCGAAGACUGACCCCCCUUCCGUAUGUUCAAAACCAUCUCCGGGGAGUAAGCUCCUCGGAGUUCUUUUCGACUACGUAAACUAGCGGAAGACCAGCGGCACAUCCGUUUGCCUGUACAGGAAAAGGUAAUGUAAGGUUUGAUUGCCGUGGAAAAUUAACUGCUAAGGUGUGAGAGUCAAAAUUUACGAAUGAGAAUGAAAAGCUAGUUUUUCUGUUACGCAAGAACAUCUCGGAAAUGGGAAAUUGAUAGAAGUUGCGUCUGAAAAAGAACAGUAAGAAAGUGCCAAGAAUAUGCUCUGUAGAGAACGACGCUGCUGCGCCAGCGCCUAGACCUUGUGAAUUAAGUACAGAGUUGAAGCUUCGGCAGUGUGCGUCCUUUGAC